AUGAGCCUAAUCUAUACAAUCGGUAGAGCACAACUCGCCCGAUUAGUUUGGGAACACGGCCCGUCAGCUGCAAAAGGCUUUCUUGCUCUCUGGAUUCAGCGAAAAGAAGGAAAGGCCGCGGCGCAGAAGGAGAUGAUGUAUAAGGAAAUGGAGAAGGCCAUCCCCAAGCUUCUUGAGAUUAUCGAAAAGAGAGAGAUUCAGCUCGUCACCAACGCGUUCAAUUCAACCCCUGAUUUAAUUGCUUACUUCCAAUCCGCCGCCGUUGGUGCUGUGCCUCUUAUUCUUUUGGAUGUAGCACAGUCUAUCAAAAGAAUCGGCGCAGGCCUCGACGGCAUCAAAGACGAGCUCGCGAUUUCAAACAUGGCAAAGGUCCAAGGCUGGGCUGGCCAUGGCUUCGGGACAUACGUGCACCGGUUUGUUCAAAGCGAAAUGGCUCCGGUCGAGGGACGCUCAAUGGGGGAGAGUCAUUUCUUCUAUGUCUGGAAUCCUGAUACCGAUUGGUAUCCUGAUUUUGAAAGAAGACAGAAAGAGGAUCCUCUGGGUCCCAACUUUGGUGGCUAUCAUCAUGAUCUGGCCACGAUUUGUGUCAGAAUGCGAGCGGGCAGACAAGCACUUCUAGCAACCUCUGAGGGCAACAACAAUGCUGUCUUCCACCUAAUUAUUCCGACUUACUAUCCAAUUGCGAUGGAAACCCCUAUCAUCUUCGCUGCAGAGCUGUUUCCGCUCACUAUUACCGGAAGCCGACAUCGAGGGACGGACCUCGUUUGGUUCAACCUCGGUGAGCACCCAAGUUUUCCGAACCCACAGCUCGAAUUCAUUGGUGUACUGCCUUUAGUUCAGAUUAGUCUGAGAGCAGCUGCCACUGUGACCUUUUGGGCUUCUUCGUUUGGCUGUGAAGCUUCUGCGAUUGCACCAGUCGCAUUUCCCCCUUUCGCCCCCGUUGUAGGAGCCGCUUAUAUGCCAUGCUGGAUCACCGCAGUCGUGUCGGGCUGGGUGGGUGAUGCAGAACAUGAGAGAAAAGUCAGGAGAGAAGCAUGUGUUUUGGGGGAUGCGAUUUUCCUGAAUUAG